AUGUCUAGAGAUGGUUCUGUUGCACCAUUAAAGGUGACAGUAUUAGAAGACCAGCCCUUGAGAGAGGAAUGCGAACCGUUUGAUAGUACCGACAACUAUAACCCUGACACACCGAUUGCUGUUGACUUUGGUUCGUUCAACGUAAGAGCUGGCUACGUGAAUCAAACAAGUCCAACACAUGUAUUUAUUAAUGAGCUAACUAGGUACCGUGAUCGUAAAUUAGCACGUACGUUCACUUUUAUUGGUAAUGAUACUCUCUUAGAUCAAACAGUUUGCUCUCAAGCUAAAUCUCCAUUUGAUGGUUCUUUGAUAACCAAUUGGGAUUACGUUGAAGAUAUUAUGGAAUAUACAUUUAAUCAUUUGGGUGUAGUGUCUGAUAAUGGUGUAAAAAAUCCGCUCAUAAUUAAUGAAAGACUGGGAUGUCUUGCAUCACAAAGAAACAAUUGGUAUCAAAUACUAUUUGAAUCCUUUAAUAUGUCGAAGGUUACGUUUGGUGUUGACAGUUUAUUCGCUUACUACGCAAAUAACGAUAUUGGUAAAGAUGGUAUUGUGAUCGAUUGUGGAAACCAAGAUACCAACGUUAUACCAAUUGUUGGUGGAAAAGCAGUUUUAACAGAGUCUAAACGAGUUGAUUGGGGUGGAGCACAUGCAGUAGAAUUUCUUUCGGAUGUAAUGACAUUAAAAUAUCCUUAUUUUCCAACAAAAUUAUCAGGUUAUCAGUAUAGAAAAAUGUAUGAAGAUUAUUGUUAUACUUCCCAGAAUUAUAAUGAGGAUAUUGAUCAUUACUUGACACUAGAUAAUCUAGCUGAUAAAAAUGUAGUAAUUGAAGCUCCAUUUACUGAAGUUCUACAACCACAAAAAACAGAAGAGGAAUUAAGAAUACAGGCUGAGAAGAGAAAGGAAACAGGUAAGAGAUUACAAGAACAAGCUAAACAAAAGAGAAUAGAAAAACUGAUUCAAAAAACUGAAGAGUACGAAUAUUUUUCGAAGGUAAGAGAACAACUAGUUAAUCAAUCAAAAAAAGCUGUUCUCUCUAUUUUACAAAAUGCUGGGUUUGAUGAUGAACGUGAUUUUAAAAAGUAUAUGUAUAACCUAGAAAAAUCUUUGAAAAAGGCACAAGCUAUUGAGACUGAUGGAGCAGAUGAUAAUAAUGAUGAGGAAGAGCAAAAAUUUAAUCUCGUUGAUAUUCCAGAUGCUGAAUUGGAUGAAGAACAAAUUAAGGAAAAGAGAAAACAAAGAUUUUUGAAAGCAAGUUUUGAUGCAAGACAGAAAGCCAAAGAAGAAAAACUGAGACUUCAAAAAGAGGAAGAAGAAUCUAGAAAGAGAGAAGAAGAGUGGAGACAAACAAAUCUAAGCGGUUGGAUUAAGGACAAGAGAAAAAAACUAGCUGUAGUUGUCAAAAAAAGGAAAGACAAAGUUAAACUAAAAGAAGAUAUGAAAGAUCGUAAAUCGCAAGCCUCUCAGAAAAGAAUGAAAAAUUUAGCAAACUUGGCAGAAGAUACGCCACAGUCAGGGUCCAAGAGAAGCAGACAACAAGCAACAAUCGACAAUGAUCCAAACGAUACAUUUGGUACUAAUGAUGAUGAUUGGGCUGUUUAUAAUGAUGUUACACAAAAUCCAGAAGCUUUGGAUGAACUUAUUGAGGAGGACUAUCGUGAGAUCCUUGAUUUAGAAAGUCAACUACUUGAAUUUGAUCCAAAUUUUACUGAAGAGGAUACACUAGACGCCCAAUACGAUUGGAGGAAUUCUGUCCUACACCUUUUUCUAAGAGGACCUGCACCUCAUGACGGUGAAGAUGUUCAUGAACAACACCAAAUGCAUCUAAAUAUUGAAAGAAUUAGGGUUCCUGAAAUCCUUUUCCAACCUUCAAUAGGUGGGCUAGAUCAGGCUGGUAUUACAGAAUUAUGCGAAACCAUAUUACUGCGAAAGUUUGAUUCUAAACCAAGCAAAUUGAGUCAGAGUGCCUUAAAAAUGGUAAGCAAUACCUGGUUGACAGGUGGUAAUUCUAGAAUACCUGGGACAAGAGAAAGGAUCGUAAAGGAAUUUACUCAAUUUUUGCCUGUAAAAACAUCAAUAUCAGUGCAUCAGAGCACCAACCCAACUCUAGAUGCGUGGAAUGGUAUGGUAAAAGUCGGAAAUAAUAAGGAAUUGUUUGAGAAGACUUCAAUUAGUAGGAAAGAAUACGAAGAAUUUGGUGCAGAUUAUAUAAAAGAACAUCAAUUGGGAAAUGUGAACUAUUUCUGA